AUUUGCUGUGUCAGUCUGUCGAUGAAAGUUACUCGAUAAUAUUUAUUCCAAAUUUUAAUUGUUCAACCUUUUCAAGAAAUCUCAACAAAUUUGCAUUUUAUAAAAAUGGCUAGUUCAAAUAAGGAGCAAUGGCAAAAAGACUACGAGCAUCUUGUCCGCCGGCAUCACCAUGAUCAGAAGAAAGUAAAGCAUCUAUUGCACCAGAUUCGUUGGCUAAUUGUCAGGCAUACGAUCACAAAAUAUAAUGUGGCUCUGGAGAGUCAGAGAUAUGGCGAGAAGGUAAAAAAGGUGGAUGAUAUGCGCCUAAAACUGGAAGAGCUACUGACAUCAAAAACAGUAAGACUCAACGACAAGAAAAGGAAACAGCUGCGCAAGCUGCAGUCAAAGCUGCCCGUCGAAUCGCUCUUAGAUCAAAUUAGACUUAUGGAGCUAUUGCAGCAGGUGCCGACAUUCUCUGAUAACAUAAGUCAUCGGAUGAAUCACUUGCAAAGUUUUCAUGGAAAGAGUUUGAAACAGAUGGGUAGACAACAACGUGGAUUGAAUCGUAUCAAUGAGAAGACGCAGCUCGUUAUCAAGGACAUCAAUGAUUUGACGAAACUGAUAACAUUUUUGAAAAAGAGCCGAGCAAGUAAAUGGGAAAUCUUGCCCUCUCUUGUGCACAAUUGGCUGGAACGCCAGCGCAACUUUGAUCUGAAAUGCACAGUUGAUACGUCGAACAAAAAGCAACACAAAGCACUAGACGUGCGUUCCUUAUACAUGUUACGGCAUAUGUCAAAAAUUAUGCCAAACAUUUAUAAUUACCUAGGGACUUAGGGGUUUAUAUGAAAUAAUUUAUUAUGCAAGAAUUAGUCUAGAAGGCGCGCUACUUAAAUGCUAGCAAAUGCUCUAUGGGCCUAAGCUAAUCCUCUCCAGCCAUAUGUACAAUAUGCUUAAUUUUAGCUCCAGCAUUAUUUGGCUCAACAGAAGCCCGGAUUCGUAUGCUCAAUGAUGCAGCGUUUGCAGUACUUUUUGAC